CUCAGAAGGAACUACUUCUGUGAAAGCGAAACUAAACUUAUGAACAACAAGCUGGGUUGGUUUUAAGGUUUUUAAUAAACAAAAAGCUUGUGUAUUUCUAAGACGUGCAAAAACGAAUGUGAACAGCUGAUACUCGCAGCUAUGUCAUCCUCCAGUGGUCUUCUGGCUGAGGAGCUUCAGUGUUCAGUGUGUCUGGAGGUGUUCACUGAUCCAGUCAGCACUCCAUGUGGACACAACUUCUGUAAGAGCUGCCUGAACCAGUGCUGGAACAACAGUCAGGAGUGCAAAUGUCCAUUGUGUAAAGAAACAUUCAGUAAAAGACCCGACCUCAAGAUCAACACAGCACUUAGACAGGUUGUGCAGCUCUUUCAGGAACAGUUCAGUCUGAGUAAAACUGAUGUUCUCUGUGAUGUCUGUGAUGACAGAAAGCUGAAAGCCCUGAAGUCCUGUCUGGUGUGUCAGACCUCUUACUGUGAAACUCAUCUUGAGCCUCAUCAGAGAGUCCUGAGCUUCAGGAAACACAAACUGACGGACCCUGUGAAAAAUAUAAGGGAUUAUAUAUGCCAGAAACACGAGAGACCUCUGGAGCUGUUCUGUAGAGAUGAUCAGACAUGUGUGUGUGUGUUUUGCACUGAUGGAGACCACAAGACUCACAACACUGUUCCUCUAGAGGAGGAGAGUAAAGAAAAGAAGGCUCGGCUGGUGAAGACACAGAAAGACAUGCAGCAGAUGGUCCAGGACAGAAUCAGGAAGAUUCAGGACAUCAGACACUCAGCAAAACUCAGAAAAAAAAGCACAGAGCGAGAGAAAGCAGCUAAUGUUGAGCUCUUCAGUGAUCUGAUUCGCUCCAUUGAGAGAUGUCAGGCUGAGCUGCUGGAGAUGAUGGAGGAGAAGCAGAAAGCAGCAGAGAAACAGGAGGAAAAGCUCAUUCACGAGCUGGAGCAGGAAAUCACUGAGCUCAAGAUGAGAAGCACUGAGAUGGAUCAUCUCUUACACACCGAGGAUCACCUCCAGCUCCUACAGAUUGAUCCAUCCCUGUGCAGUCCUCCACACACCAGGAACUGGCCUGAGAUCAGUAUGAACACUGAUGUGAGUGUGGAGACUCUGAGGAGAGCUCUGACUCGACUGCAGGAAACUCUAGACCAGAAACUCAGUCAAACUGUAACUGCUCGGCUGGUGAAGACACAGAAAGACAUGCAGCAGAUGGUCCAGGACAGAAUCAGGAAGAUUCAGGACAUCAGACACUCAGCAAAACUCAGAAAAAAAAGCACAGAGCGAGAGAAAGCAGCUAAUGUUGAGCUCUUCAGUGAUCUGAUGCGCUCCAUUGAGAGAUGUCAGGCUGAGCUGCUGGAGAUGAUGGAGGAGAAGCAGAAAGCAGCAGAGAAACAGGAGGAAAAGCUCAUUCACGAGCUGGAGCAGGAAAUCACUGAGCUCAAGAUGAGAAGCACUGAGAUGGAUCAUCUCUUACACACCGAGGAUCACCUCCAGCUCCUACAGAUUGAUCCAUCCCUGUGCAGUCCUCCACACACCAGGAACUGGCCUGAGAUCAGUAUGAACACUGAUGUGAGUGUGGAGACUCUGAGGAGAGCUCUGACUCGACUGCAGGAAACUCUAGACCAGAAACUCAGUCAAACUGUGUUGAUGAGGAUGCAGCAGUAUGCAGUGGAUGUGACUCUGGAUCCUGAUACAGUUCAUCCAAAUCUCAUCCUGUCUAAUGAUGGGAAACAAGUGAGACAUGGAGACAUUAAGCAAACGCUCCCAAAUAACCCAGAGAGGUUUGAUCACUGCACCUGUGUCCUGGGAAAAGAUGGAUUCUCCUCAGGGAGAUUUUAUUUUGAGGUGCAGGUGAAUGAAAAGACUAAGUGGAAUUUAGGAGUGGCCAGAAAAUCUAUUAACAGGAAGGGAAAGGUCACUGUGAGUCCUCAGGAUGGAUUCUGGGUUGUGGGUCUGUGGAAUGAGAAUGAAUAUUGGACAUGUACUGAUUUCUAUGUACUUCUGUCUCUGAGAGUGAAACCACAGAAGGUGGGGGUGUUUGUGGAUUAUGAGGAGGGUCUGGUCUCUUUUUAUGAUGUGGAGUCCAAAUCUCAUAUCUACUCCUUCACUGGUCAGUCUUUCACAGAGAAACUCUAUCCUUUAUUCAGCCCAUGUCGUAAUGAAAAAGGUAAAAAUUCAGCCCCUUUGAUGAUCUCUUCUUUUAAUAGCAAUGAAUGAAUUUAUACAUUUUCAUCAUUUGGAAAAUGAUGAAAUAUAUAGAUUCAGGGACAUAAUGUCAUUUGUUCCUUCUGAAUUUGUUUAUUUUUCUAGGACUGCAAAAAGUGAACACAUCCACAAAAUAUUUUUCCUUUUUCUCUUUAGUAAAAUUGCAUUGUAAAUAAAAACUAAAUACAUUUUAAUAGUAUCCGAAUGAAGCACUUUAGCUCUUUCUAGAGCUGGAUUAUGCUGACAUUGCUUAUGAACUCAUAAUGAAAGUAUAAUUAUGCACUGUAAAAAAUGAUAUGAUGAAAAAGUCAUGACAACUUAUGUUUUAAAGUUACUUUAACUCAUAAAAAUAAUUUAAGCAAUUUCUUUUUUUUGUAAGUUAUGCUAGAUUCAACUUGAUUUUUAAAGUCAGUUUAAUGUUAUUGAAAUUCAAGGAGACCAAUUUAAUUCAGUGAAUUUAACAUUUUAAGUUCUAACUUACUGGCACACUGUAAAAAAAAAAAAGUUGAGCCAACUUAAAAGUUUGCUCGACUUAUUUUUGUGCACUGUAAAACCCGACAAGUUAGGUUAACUCAAACUGUUUGAGUAAACUUAUUGCCUUAAACCAUUUAAGUUUUUAAAACUAAUAAUUAUGAGUGCUCUGAACUUAUUUCAGUUGAGUUCACUAAAAUAAGAUGUACAUUGCAAUUAAGUGAUUAAUUGAGCAUUAGUGAUGAACACUUGCUGUUAACAAACAUAAUCACUGAAGAAAAAGAAAAACAAGAACAACUAACUUUAGUCACAGCCUUAGAUGAAAUCAACUGAAAUAAAAUACAUUAAAUCUCUCAAGAUCUGAGUAAACAACCCCACAAACAGCAUCACCAGCUCCACUUAUUAAUAACCAGACUGACUUUAUUUCUGACAGACAUCUACAGAAGAUCUUAUUGAGAAUUAACUAAGGUUUAGAUGUUGAUUUAUUGUUUCAACUGAAGUAACCAUGUUAGAGAUCAGUGUCUGAGAUUUAGUUGGGCUCUUGACCCUUGACUUCUGUUUUAGUUUUUUUUUCCCUCCUCUUUUUCUCUGGCUGUUGUAACCAUGUGUUCCUCAAACAUAUUUGUUAUAACUCAAGAGCCCAUGCAGAGAAAAUGAUCAGUAGUUGGUUGUUAUAUGUUUAUAAUGACAAUCAUCUGUUAGCGAACUGAUCUCAUUGUGUGUCUAAUCUCUGAUUAAAUGGAUGUUGUAUUGAUUAUAGUAAGAGUGAUUCUAAGAGCCAGUGGUUCUGUGACAGUCAGUUAAUAGAAAGGACUUUCCAAACAGUUUGUCCACAAAAAGUUUUAAUCUAUGGUAGCAACUAGACUCACACAGACAUCAAGAAUCAGCUUAUGAACCUCAACAAUGGUGACCAUUAUAAAACAAGAAAAAAAAGAAAAUGCAUGCUGCAAUGCAUGCUGGGUACUAGCAUAGUACAAAACUCAUCCAUGGAUCCCAGCAUGCAUUGCUGCAUGAUUGUUUUUUUUUUUUUUUUUAUAUGGUCACCAUUGUUGAGGUUCACAAGUGAUUACUUUUUUUUUUUAACUUGACAUGAUUAGUUGAAACAACUAAUACUGAAAAGUCCAAUCAACUUACAGAGAGCAGUUCAGCGCCAGUCAGGAUUUUACAAAGUGAGUUGAAAUGACAUGUAUUUGUAAUUUGUUUAUACUUACAAAUUUAAGGCAGCCACAAAACUUAAGUUUUUAAGUUGAAAUAGGGGGAAAUUUUUUACAGUGUGACCAUGCAGGAAAAAUGUUGUCUACAGAAACAAUUUAUACUGUUAUUAUCAGAAUUAACAAUUAUAUAGUCAAAUUGUGUGUGUGUGUGUGUAUUUUCUUUUUUGGGAAACUUUUACUUCACUACAUUCCAAAGAAUCUUUCUGUAGGCUACAUUAAUUGUCACGAAUCCUGUCCCUGCACUUCCGUUCAUUCACCACCAGAGGUCACUCGCUCACCACAUUGACUCUCACACCAUACUUCACACUGGACUGCAUUUCCCAUCAUUCAUUGAACUGAUUGCACAGCUGAAGGCACUGAUCACACAGCUAUCACCAAUCACACACUCUACUUAAGCCAUGGACUUUCUCUCCUUCACUGCUGAGUAUUGUAUGGGCUUAUCGCUUCCCUAGCGUUAGCUACUCUACAGAGCCCUGAUAGUUUUCCUAGUCUUGCCUUACCUGUUUUGGAUUGUGUUUUCCCCUGCCUGGACUUUUGCUUUCGUUUUCAGAUCUCCUCUCUCGUCAAGCCCCUUUGGAUACUGUUCGCUGUCGACCGGCCCAAGCCCGUUUUGGAUUACUCUUUGCCUUGCCUAUGAUAGACCUGUUUGCCACUGUUCGACCCUGCCUGUUAUGACCAUGUCUCUGCUCAAAAAAAGCUUGCAAAUGGAUCCGAACGCCUCUUGUCUCGUUGGUCCCGUUACAUUAAUAACAUCGAGACCACAAUCCAAUCGUGAAUUUGUGAAUGAAUGAAUCACUUCCUCGAGCCGAAUCUGUUCAAAAAUGACAAAUUGUAGCCUAUUAGUGAUUAUUGUAAAUAAA